AUGCUCUCUGCCUUAUUUAUUGAUAUCAGAAUAAAUCUAUUCUUAAAUAUGCAAGAGGAUCAGCCAAUAAAAGCUACAGCACAAGAUGCUCUUUCCUCAAAGAAGUAAUUUUGAUAUAGCUAUGCUACUCAACUAGGCUAUGUUCACGAUCCUUUUAUCUCACUCUUUGCAAGAGACACAGUGAAAAGGCCUCCUCUUAUAAAUCGUGGCUACUGGGCAAGAGUCCAUCGAGUUAGAAUGACAGUUGAAGAAUUCUUGAGAAUUGAUGAUGAUAAUAAACAAAUUAUUUCCAUCGGCGCUGGCUUUGAUACUGCUUAUUGGCUGUUAAGAACAGAAAAGCCAGAAGCCCGAUUUCAAUAUGUCGAAAUCGAUUUCGAAGAUGUUUGUAACCAAAAAAGCCAAAUAAUUGGUUCUAAUCCCCAAUUAUUCUCCAUGAUAUCAUCUCCCAUCACUCCAAACCAAGAAAUACUAGCAAGAGACUACAAACUCUUGCACGCAGAUUUAAGAAACUCCAGAUUCUUAAUGGAAAAACUAGUUUUACAUACAAAUAUAUCAGCGCCUACUCUAAUAUUAGCAGAGUGUGUGCUCGCUUAUAUGGAAGCCCAGCACUCAGAUUCUUUAAUUGAAGACUUCUCAAAUCUGUAUCCUAAUUCUGCGUUUUUGAAUUAUGACAUGAUCCAGCCUCAUGACCCGUUUGGAAGAACUAUGAUUCAGAAUCUACAUGCCAGGCAUGUCGAGCUUAAAGGAAUUGUUUCUUAUCCGACGGUGGCUUCUCAUUUAGACAGAUUUAGAAGAUUUUAUGAAAGAGUGGAUGGUUAUAUAGCUUUUUUCGGGUAUUUUGCGUUGAAAGCGAUGAGGUUUGGGAUUGACGGCGAAGCCUAUUUCCUAUACAAAACGGGUCGAAUGGCGCAAGAGAGAGAGAGAGAGAGAUUAGUUAGAGAGGUUAAGCGGGGAUUAUUUCAGCCCCUAGCCAGUCGGACUUCAGCUUCGUGCUUCAUGUGGCACUAAGCACUAAAGCCACCUAACGCCCUUUUUCUUCGGAGCCAUCAAAAAUGGUGACGUCCUCAGUCUGUCGGGGAGACUCACCCGAUCCUGCUGGAUCAAAAAUUUCGGCAAGGACUCUCUUAACCCCUGGUGGUGCUCAGGGUAUGAGAGGAUCGUCCAUUGUCUUCUUCUGGAACCACCUGUGCCAUUCGCAGGCACCAUAAUGCUCCUCCAGAAGUGCUUGAUUGAUGUUGCGUCGUCGGUAUCUUGUCUGUGGGUCGAGGGGAAGCCCAGUCAGCCCAAGCCUGCACCCCACCCCGGAGAAUUGCCAUCUGCGACCCCUUGGCCUUCCGGCCGUUUUAUUUUUUUUUUACACGGCCGAAUUCUGGGAUUUUUUUGCUGUUGCUGAGCCAAAAUGGAUUUCCAUCUUGCAAGAUGGAAAUUCCGAAUGGCGCAAGAAGAAACAUACUUAGUAGAGUAUAGAAAGAUAUCGGGAAGGAAGUAUCUGAUAUGAGCUAGAAGUGCACAUAAGAUUCCUUUGUGGUGAUUCCCUUCUGCUUGAGAAAACAAGACCUUUGUCACUUUUGCCUCCUGGCUUUCUUGGGAUUGGUGUGUUGAUUCCAUUUUUAUUAAAAUUUUUGACAAACCUAAAUUUUUUAACAUGUCAUUUUAAAAUUGAAAUAUUAAUUAUUUUGGGGGGCUACUUAUUAAAUUUUAACCCAUGGAGAUAAAAAUCCUUCUGAAGCUAUAAGUCUUAAUAUUAGAGGAAUUAUUGAGCUAAAAGACUCAAUUUUUCUUAAUCAAGGUUUUUAUUUUUUCUUUAAAGUGUAUAUAUUUUUAAUUUUAAUUAUGCUAUUUUUUUUUAUUUUUCUCCAAAGUCUACUCAAGAUUUUUCUUUAAACUACAAGUGGAACAUGAGCACUUGUAGGAAAACUAAAAUGUGCUUUCCGCGUUUCGCACUUUUUCUUAACUGAGAAGUUCGUUUCAUGUACCAUUUUGUAUGCACUUACAUUUUAUUGCACCAUCUUGCAUAUGCACUGCCAUCUUGCAUUUUAUUUAUCUCUAAAUUCUACUGGAGAUUUUUCUUAAAAUUACAACUGGAGCAUGAGUACUUGUAGGGAUAGUAAAAUCUGCUUUCUGCGUUUUGCACUUCUAAAUUCUACUGGAGAUUUUCCUUCAAAUUACAACAGGAGCAUGAGCACUUGUAGGGCUGCUUGAAUCUGCUUUCUGCGUUUCGCACUUUUCUUAGCUGAAAAGGUUUUUUCAUGAACCAUUUUGUAUGGACUCGCAUCUUGGCUUCCACCAUCUUGAAAUGCAUUUAUCUCUAAAUUAUACUGGAGAUUUUUCUUCAAAAUGCUACUGAAGAAUGAGCACUUGUAGGGCUUCUAGAAUCUGCUUUCCGCGUUUCGCACUUUUACUUAGCUGAAAAGUUCGUUUCAUGUGCCAUUUUUUAUGUACUUCAUCUUGACUUACACCAUCUUGAAAUACAUUUUUUUCUAAAUUCUACUGGAGAUUUUUCUUAAAAUUGCUACUGGAGCAUGAGCACUUGUAGGGUUGCUCGAAUCUGCUUUCCGCGUUUCGCACUUUUGCUUACUCCCCCCCCCCUCCGUGAGCGAACAAAAAAAUUUUGUUCGCUCACGGAGGGGGGUUAAUUUUUUUUUUUAAAAAAAAUUUAUAUAUAUAAAUUUUAUAAAAAAUAUUUUUUUUCGAAAUUUAAAAAAAAUCCUAAUUUGCAAAAAUUGGGAAGCAAAUAUUAAUUUAAUUUGCAAAAUUUAUGUUUUAAAAACGCAAUUUGUUUAAAAUUAAACAGAAUUAGCUCUAGAUUUCAUUAUACUAAUUAUCACUUAUAUAUCAAAAUUUUUUUCCAUUAAAAUUUUUUCUAUUAAAAAAAUUUUGUUUCACUCACGGAGGGUGGGUUUUUGGUCAAAAAAUGGCGAUUUUUCUAAUGGUUUUGUUCGCUCACGGAGGGGGGGGGGGGGGAGUUAGCUGAAAAGUUCGUUUCAUGUACCAUUUUUUUAUGUACUUCAUCUUGACUUACACCAUCUUGAAAUACAUUGUUCUCUAAAAAUCUACUGGAGAUUUUCCUUCAAAUUGCUACAGGGGCAUGAGCACUUGUAGAGCUUCUAGAAUCUGCUUUCCGCGUUUCGCACUUUUUCUUCACUGAAAAGUUAGUUUCAUGUACCAUUUAUCCAGAUCCAAUAUACAUCACCAUCUUGAAAUACAUUUUUCUCUAAAUUCUACUGGAGAUUAUCCUUCAAAUUGCUACUGGAGCAUGAACAUUUUGUAGGGCUGCUAGAAUCUGCUUUCCGCGUUUUGCACUUUUUCUUAGCUGAAGGGUUUUUCAUGAACCAUUUUGUAUGUACUCUCAUCUUGACUUACGCCAUCUUGAAAUGUAUUUUUCUCUAGAUUCUACCGGAGAUUUUACUUCAAACUACAACAGGAGCAUGAGCACUUGUAGGGCUGCUCGAAUCUGCUUUCCGCGUUUCGCACUUUUUCUUAGCUGAAAUUUUUUUUUUCAUGUACCAUUUAUCCAGAUCCAAUAUACACCACCAUCUUAAAAUGCAUUUAUCUCUAAAAUCUACUGGAGAUUUUUCUUCAAAUUGCUACUGGAGCAUGAGCACUUGUAGGGCUGCUAGAACCUGCUUUCCGCGUUUUGCACUUUUGCUUACUCCCCCCCCCCCCUCCGUGAGCGAACAAAAAAUUUUGUUCGCUCACGGAGGGGGGUUAAUUUUUUUUUUUUAAAACAAAUUUAUAUAUAAAUUUUAUAAAAAAUAUUUUUUUCGAAAUUUAAAACAAUCCUAAUUUGCAAAAAUUGGGAAGCAAAUAUUAAUUUAAUUUGCAAAAUUUAUGUUUUAAAACGCAAAUUUGUUUAAAAUUAAACAGAAUUAGCUCUAGAUUUCAUUAUACUAAUUAUCACUUAUAUAUCAAAAUUUUUUUUUCCAUUAAAAUUUUUUCUAUUAAAAAAAUUUUUGUUCACUCACGGAGGGUGGGUUUUUGGUCAAAAAAUGGCGAUUUUUCUAAUGGUUUUGUUCGCUCACGGAGGGGGGGGGGGAGUUAGCUGAAAAGUUAGUUUCAUGUACUAUUUAUCCCAAGCCCAAUAUAUAUCACCAUCUUGAAAUGCAUUUAUCUCUAAAUUCUACUGGAGAUUUUUCUUCAAAAUUGUUCUAGAGCCUGAGCACUUGCAGGGCUGCUUGAAUCUACUUUCCGCGUUUGCACUUAAUAAAAUUUCGAUGAAUAGCUCAAUACUUCUUUUUAUUUUAAGAGUAAAUUCUGUUGAGCUAAACAUUUCACUUUGAGAUAAACUUGACAAUCAGAUUCUGUUAUUUUGGAUUUGAAUAAGGCCGAAUAGAUCAGGAUUGAUUAAACAUAAUCAUACUUGAAUUUGAAUUCACAAAUCGUAAAAUUAGAGGAAUUUGGUUCAUAGUAAUGAGUGUGUCGUCAGAUUCCAUAUUUAAUAUUUCAAUUUUAAAAUGGCUAGCUAAAACAAUUAGGUUUGUCAAAAUUUUAAUAAAAUGGAAUCAACACACCAAUCUCAAACGGGCCAGGAGGUAAAAGUAACAAAGUUCUUGCUUUCUCAAGCAGCAGGCAAUUACGACAAAGGAAUCUUAUAACACUUUAGUGGUUUUAAAAAAAGCAAAUCUAGCAUUUAUCGACCUAGUUAAGGUACUCAGUAUUUUCUUCUUGCGCCGCAAAACCCGUUUUGUAUAGGAAAUAGGCUUCGCCGUCAAUCCCAAACCUCAUCGCUUUCAACGCAAAUACCCGAAAAAAGCUAUAACAUGCUGAUGAUUUAUAAUAGACACACUGAUAGGCAUGAAAGAGAAAGGGUGGAGAAGUUGGAAUGGAUGGAUGAGUUUGAAGAGUGGAAUAUGCUCAUGGAGCAUUACUGCAUGAUUAUUGGAUGCAAAGGGUCAGUUAAUUUAGCAUUUUAA